AUGGGCAGCAACAACCCCCCACCCAUCCGCCUCGCCAUCCUCGAAUGCGACACCCCCAUCGGACACACCAAAGAAAAAUACGGCACCUACGGAAACCUCUUCACCGAACUGCUCACCAACGGCUCGGACCUCUACCGUCAAGAAAACCAUAACAACUCUCCCUCUCCGGACCUCGACAUCACGAAAUACGACGUCGUCAACGCGGAAAUCUACCCCAAAGUCGAAGACAUCGACGCGGUGCUCCUCACGGGUAGCCGCUGGAACGCGUAUGAUGACGAUCCGUGGAUUCUGAAAUUGGUCGAAUUUACCCGGAAGGCGUUGGAGGGGGGCAGGGUGAAAGUCGUGGGUGUGUGUUUCGGGCAUCAGAUCGUCGGGCGGGCGCUGGGGGCGGAGGUCGGACGCAGCGAUGUAGGCUGGGAAGUGAGCGUUGUCGAUGUCAACCUCACCCCGAAAGGCCAGGAAAUCCUCGGCCUCGAAGGGAAUACCCUCGCGGUCCACCAAAUGCACCGCGACAUCGUGGCCGCGGUCCCGGCGGGGGUGGAGUUGUUGGGGUCGAGUGAGAGGUGUCAGGUCCAAGGUAUGUAUCAGGAGGGCAGGCUGGUGACGGUGCAGGGGCAUCCGGAGUUUAGCGAGGGGAUUGUGGCGGAGUUGUUGGGGAGUCGGUUUGAGAGGGGGAUUUUUGGGGAGGAG